AUGCUGCCUGGUCCGCGACACAGCUUUCAUUUAGUGCGAGUCCUUAGACGCCCUACAAUGUUGGAGAGCGACAUUUCGACGCGUUAUCAUGGUCAGAGGAGAAACUGUAAGUACAUUAUAUUGCCGGAAAACAUUUUAGUGAAAUUCAAGAUCAUCCCAGAAAAAUCCUACCCUUUUUCCAUAUUAAGCUUAACAUUCUUUUCUGUGAGUAAAACCGCACGUAUAAUUUUACAAAUUGAAAUGUCUUUAAACGACAUUAUAUAACUCUUUAUUUCCUACACAAUGCGUACAUGAUUAUUGUUUUGUAUGAGUCGGUUUUCAAGAAUAAAAUAUUUUGCUCUGAUUUUGAUGCCGCCCUUAACAUAUGAGCUUAUGUACAUUGACAUUUCGUCUGAUCCAGUGCCUGAAACAUGAAGAAAAACCUAUAAAUUUAUGACGCUGAGAAACUCUUCAACAUGCAGUUCACUGAGUGGUAAAAAUAGAAAAAUUUUAUAAUAGUUCACCUUUAUGUUCAGAGGGGAAAAUAUGCAGGAAGCCGGAAGAAAGUAAUUUUCUUUGUUUUGUUUUUCGGGGUACAGUUUUAAACCUGUUUAUUCCCUGGAGCAAGAAUUAUAAAAAAAGAAAUGACUCGGUCAAUUUCACUCGCAUCAGCAUGUGAGUUGGCCGAAGUGCUCUUGAAAUGCCACCUUGAAGUUUUCACCGGCAUCGUGAAUUAGUGAUGUCUCUUUACGAGUGUCAUGUAAGGCACAUUAGCGAGCAGCUAGAAAUUUAAGCCACUAGACGGCGUUUUUAACAUUACAGUGCCUUUAAUUCUUCCUCAUCAAAAUUUUAUUUAAUGGAGGGACCAUUGCCAUUAACCUCUAAUACUGGUUUGUCGUAAAAUGACUGAAAUACUUCAACGUUAACAACGCUGCUAAAUUGGACAACUUUAAAUAUUGAGAACUGGCUUUGUUUAAAACCAGACACGCCGUAGGCAAAAACAAGGAUUUUAUUAAUACUCUAAGCCGCUGGAAUCAGCUUGCAUACUGAAAAGCUCUAUAUUAAUAGAAGCAUUUUCUCAUAGAACAUCCCCAUCUAUUUUUAGAUCAUCGAACAACUGCUUUCUCUCGAAAAGCUGAAAAAGGCAAACUGUUAAACGAUUAAUUUUGGAACUUGUAACGAAACAUAUUCUCACGUUAUUUACUGUAUUUUCUUUUUUCCAUUACGCCUCCGUACUUUCCCUUAGUUAUACACAAUUAUGAACACUUGUCACUGUGUCGCCAUGAGUUCUAAUAAUUUUUACUCCCAGUUUCUACGAAACGCUUUGUUCAGGCAAAAAUCUAGUCUCCAAGCAACCUUUUUCUUCCGGAAUAUUGCCAUGAAAAAGGGGCUGUGAGUUUGGGAUCUUUAACAAUUCAGUUGUAACUGUGUUUUAUUGCGCCAGGACCCUGACAAAAUAUUUAUGUCCGCUGAUUUGAAGGUCAUGCAACUGUUAAUGAAUGCGCUUUUUACUUGCGCGGAAACAGAGCGACAGCUGAAUACAUGGCAUAAGGGCGUCUGAAUAAACGAAAACGAGUUUAACAAGAAGCGAAAUCCAUGGAAACGCUACUGCCUUGUCAAUCAUGUUGGCAUGGAGACGAGAGACAGAAUGCGCAAAAGCGCAUGUUUUUUUAAGGCAAACUUUAUCGAGAUUUUGUCGCAACUACCUUACCUUUUUGGGGUUUCCUUUCUGUAGAAAAAUGGGUUGGUCAUUAUAGGGUGCCAUUAAUUCGAAUAUCCAGGUAUCUUCUUACAAGUAGUUUAAUUAAAAAAUAGGUUUCCUAAGCAAGGUGAACUUGCUGCAAGAAUGCGCCAAUAUUGAAGUUAACAAUCGAAAUGCUUCGCCUAGGAAAGAAAAAUUUCUCGAAGUGUUUUUCCCCUGCCGACCUUGACACAUCGAGAAGUCCGAGAACAACAACAAAAAAUUGCGGUUUAGUUCAAAGAACUGCUGCCUAUUUUUGUGGCUAUUCAUGAAUUGUAUUCGACAGAUGUCGUUCUUUAAAUCGACGAGGAACAUUUGACAGUAGUCAUUUUCAUAAAAAGCUAUACGAAUUUUCUUUUCAUUGAAAGUUAUAACUUGUGGCGAAAAUGGAGAUAAACUCGAGAGUAGUAACACUUAGAAAAGAAAAUUCUACUAGAAUAGCGAAACCUGCACAGUACUGUUUCUUGUCACGCAAGAACAUCGAGGUGGGGGGCUUUUUUUUCAUAUUAAACGUGUUCUAUUCUCAGUCACCAUAGCUGCACCGCAGCCCCCAAAAUAUUUUACAAUUAAAUCGUUGUCUUAAGAAUGAUAUUCUCUUCUCCUUUGAGGUCCACGUGCGCUUCGAUUAACGGAUUCUACGGAUUGUUGUGUGUUGUUAUAGUUCUAUUGCUUAAUAUUAUUGUAACGAGGGGGCCUCCUCGUACAAGCCUUGUGGUUUUCUGAGGUCCCCUCGCCACAUCUUUAUAUAAUGUAAUGCUUGUGUAAUCUUUAUUGUGGGAAAAUAAUAAAUAAAUAAUAAAUAAAUAAAUACUGAUUACAAUGACAAUAUAAUUGAUUUAGUGAGCGCAUGAGCACUUUGAACUUCUCUCUUUUUUGUAUCUUCUUCUCCGAUUUAUCGAAAAAAAUUUCAGUAAAUUUUGAAUUAGUAUCAAUUUAAAUUCAAAACUUCGAAGUUAGAGGUAAAAUGUCCGCUUCUCUCCUGUUAAGGACAAAAGAGGGCAAAACAAAUAGACAAGAAUGAACAAACAGGAGACCUUUUGAUGCUACAGCUGCCUGUCUCGCUGAAGUCAAACAAGAUUUUAAACAAUAAUUGUUAACAUGAAAAUAAUCAUUUAACAAAUAUCCUGUCGCAGACAGGGCUUUGCGCUUCCGAUAUUGAUAGGAAAUAAUAUUUUUAAAAUAGUUUGUUAACCGCUACAGGUAUUUGAACAGAAAAGCAAUAAAAUGUCUUCCGUCGGAACUGUCAAUCACUACAGUAGUUCGAUCAAAUUUCUCCUCUUUCCUCAUAAUAACUUUUGCCAAGUAUCACCAGCCGUAUUCUAAAAGUACAAAAGGGUAGACUCGGAGGGAGCAAAAUCUAGCAAAUGGCGCAGAACACAGGACACCCAGCCUGAAGUAACCGAGUUGCUGUUGAAUAACCCUGGGAAGCCUGUGUAGAAAUAAUCAUCCAGCACUUUUGAGCGAUACCAUUUACACUCGUGGAUCGAGAGUCAAUGUGGAGCAUUAUAAAUUCUUGUGUCUAUGGAGUGAAGGGGAAAGUCACCAAGGCUUGUUUUAUUACUAUUAUGGUUAUGAUUAUUAUUAUUAUGCAGCACGGAAACGUCAGAAUGCAAACUGCUAGCCACGUAGGACGCACAGCGUAGCCUAUAUGUGGCCUAAAGGGAGCAAACGUACUCUAGAAAACGAAGGCUCUGUUAUGGAAUGUUACAAUGGCAAAGUUUAAAAAAUUAAUAAUAGUAAAACACAAAGAUAAAAAUGAAGAUAAUAGAAUACAAUUAAGAAAUAUGAACUCGCGGAGGAAGCAAAGAGGGUGUUUGGAGAGGAAGUCAACAUAACGACUGAAGGUCAGCGCCAUCUGGGAGCAGUUAUUGCGUCGCAAGAAUACAAAGACCAGUAUUGUGAGGAGAAGGUUCGUGCAUGGAAAGAGGAAAUCGAACGUCUCUCUGAAAUAGCAAAAAGGCAGCCCCAUGCGGCGUAUAUUGCUUUCACAAAAGGCUACAAGUCGAAGUUCACCUACUUCAUGCGCACGAUUGAAUCGUUUGAAGUUUAUGUCGAUCAAAUCCAGGAAGUGAUUGAAGAUUUACUACUCCCAACUUUGUUCGGUCAAUGAGGGCCUCUCCCUAACGAGGUGCGCAGACUUGCUACCUUAACAACGGGUCAAGGGGGUCUAGGCAUUCCUGAUCUGAAAUCCGAGGCACCGCAGCAGUUUGCUGCCUCGAGACUAAUAACCACCGCGCACGUAGAUUCUAUUACUUCACAGAGUCCCAUCAUGGUGCCAGGAGAAAGAUCUACGGAGGAGCUAAAGAGGCAUCAACAAUCACUUAAGAGAGCAAGUGCCAAAGAGAGAAUGGAUAGCAUUGAUUCAAGCCUCUCCCCAGGCCUGCUGCGUCUGGUUAAUCAAUCGAGGGACAAGGGCGCAAGUUCUUGGCUGAAUGCGAUGCCUCUCGCAGACAAAGGUUUAGCCCUCAACAAGCAAGAGUUCAGAGACUCGCUACGCUUGCGUUAUGACUUGCCCUUAGUCGAUUUACCAAGUCAUUGCACAUGUGGGGAUAAAUUCACCGUUAGUCACGCCCUCUCUUGUAAAAAGGGGGGCUUGUAGCGCCGAGACACGACGGUGUACGGAACUUGUUAACGACAUUCAUCGACAAGAUCUGCAAUAAUGUCGAAAUCGAACCACGCCUUCAACCCCUGGACAACGAGCGAUUUCAUUUGAGGAGCGCUUUUACAAGUUCUGAGGCAAGGUUGGACAUCAAAGCGGGAGGUUUCUGGGCAAGAGGAGUUACGGCAUUUUUUGAUGUUAGAGUUACGCACGUCAACUCCAAGUGUUACUAGAGCAAGCCAACAUCGGACGUGUUCAAAGAGCAAGAAGAAGAGAAGAAGCGCAAGUACCAGCAGCGGGUGUUAGAUGUAGAAAUGGGUUCGUUUACGCCUUUGGUGUUUGGAACCAAUGGCGGAAUGGGAAACGAGUGUCAGCGGUUCUUAAAGCAUCUCGCAGACAAGAUAGCUCAGAAAGACACCGAGCCUUAUCAUGUUGUAAUCACUUGGCUCAGGACACAGAUCUCGUUUGAACUCUUAAGAUCAGUACAUGCAUGCGUCAGAGGUUCGCGAACGCCGUUUCGUAACAAGAUAGAGCAGUCAUUAGACUGUAAUAUAAAUGUCGCUAGUGCGGAUAUCUGAAAUACGUGUCUAGAUGCUUUUAUACUUAGGGCUUUUUAUGGACACUGGUUUAGCCGUCAUUAGUAUAAUUCGAUUGUAUGAUCUUCAUAUCGCUGCAUAAUGGAAUUCUUUAUUUUAUAGAAUGUUGAACUUUUAUUAUUAAUGAUAUCUAUUUCCUCUUCUUUUAUGUAAGGUUAAGUUACUUCUAUUUUUUAGAAUUUGUAAAUGAACAGUGUUUUGAUGAAUUAAUUAGAUUUUUUGCAACAGCAGGUUGAUUGUAAAUAGGAUUUUAAUUGAGGUUUUGUAAUAAAGAUUUUACUUUUAAAUUUAUUAAGAAAUAUUAAAGCUGAUACAUUUAUUAUUAUUAUUAUUAUUAUUACAAUUAUUAACUUGCCAACCCUUUUUAUCCUAUCACUGUAUUAUAAAGCACUUUAUUGGAAAACAAACAUUUCAGAACAAAAGAGCAAUUGCUACCGAUGAUAGUAAAAGUAUAUUAGCUGAUUAUAUAUAGAGGUCAUCUCCCAGUACCUUUGUACGCAUAGUCGUUCUAAAAAGUAAUAACGGCGUCAUAAAACGUGAGACGGUUUCUUCCCACAAAUCCCCGCCGAAGUACCUUCAUUCAGUAUCAUGAACCACGGCCCUGAGACCGGAUAACAACUUUAAACAAUCAUUCAAUUGAGGAAAGCUUCCUACCCGAUGUACGAGUCUCACUACUGUAUUUUUUAGCGAUCGUGACGUCAUAAGUGCAUCUAACCACCCUUGUAAGGGAAAAAAAAUGUUCGCUCAGGGAUGUUUUAAGCAAGGAGAUAAGAAAAUUCGAUCAAUAAAAAUCCCAUAAAAAUGAGUGCAGACAAAGUAGAAAGGAAGAGCGAAUUUAUUCCAGUUCCAGGAUUUGGGUUUGAAACACCAGCGAUCGAAAAAAAGAUACAACAACUGAGUACGUACGUUAGAGAUCCCCACAAUUGAACAGUUAAAAAGUGAAAAUGGAAAUGUUGAUUAGCAGCUACUAUUUUUGCAAAAAGGUUCCUUAGUAUGCUAUCCUUGUGGAAAAGUUUCACUGUGAAGUUUAGAUAAAAUGCUGUUAAAUAUAAGGAUCUGAAUGAAAACUGCACAAAACAAAUAUUGCCUGUUCCCUGAUAGUCUGCUACACAACCGUUUUUAGUGUCGUCACGCAACGCUUAGUGGGGAGGAGCGUUGCGUGACGGCACUAAAAACGGCUGUGUAGCAGACUAGUUCCCUGAUGCCUUUAGCAUUUCUUGCCAAAACGUGACUUCCAGCCAUCUCAGAAAUGUUUUCAUUCUACUCUAUUCGGACUAUUUGUCUUGUUCGACGAGGCGAACAAAGGAGGUCUUGUAUUUAAAAAAAUAUAACGAAAAGGACGUUUAACUUAAUUAAUUGUCUUCAAAUUAGGCCAAUAUCAAUAUUUGACUGCUAAGAAAUUCACCUCAGGAAUUCUCUGAAAAUAACCUGAGAAUCAAAGUAAUCUUCAAAGCAUCCUCGUGUACUUGCAUGGUUUGAAUAAAUUGAUAGAGGCUUACUUCAUUUGCUACUUUUGCCAUCAAUGUCAGUGUUUGCGGUCAUCUAUGAUCACAAAGUCGGAAUUCAAUUGUUCUCUAUGCACUUUGUCUCCUCUUGAUGUGUGUUCUAGAAGGAAGCAGCCCGGAUUUUACUUCUGCAACCUGUGGUGGUCUGUCUGUAUUAAAUAUGCUCAUGAAAAAAUGUUAAAAUUUGCAUUUUAAAAUAGGUACCGUAGGUGUGGUCUUUUUAGUAUCGGUCUGUGGAAAUCGAUUUGAUACUAUUAAGUCAUUCAAAAGCAAUAGGCGGAAUUCUCAAAUCUCAGCUGCGAAAUUGCAUUGCCGACAAGUAAAGUGAGUCUGAGAACUCAAAUUUCGCCAACUUACCCAUUUCGCAUACUUUUCUUUCUGUAGGCUCUCACUUUAAACAAAAACUUCUCUUUUUGUUUAAUUUCUCUCGAACUUGCUGUAGUCGUGCAAAAUAGAUAUUUUCUAAGAUUGACACGAAUUUGACCCGAGAAAAGAAGGAAUAAGUAUAUGAAAAUUAACUGAUUAUUCAUUUCAUUUUUUCAAAUUUUUAAGGUAAUUUCUCUCCGAUAGAAGAAAAAGAAUCUGUUAUAGGACGAGUCUUUCGCUUUAGUUUUUACUCAGCAUAUAGAAGUUUCAAAACUGAUAUGAUUCCUCCUUCAAAAAGGCGGGGAAAAUUGAAUCGUUUUGGUAUCAAGCAGUUAAAAAUAAUAAAAAAAAGUUUGAGGAAGUAACGUGGAAGAAACGAACAAGACAAACUAAGGGCAUGUGGCUAACAUAUGGCAGCAAGGUGUCGCUGGUCUCUUCAAAGAAAAUCUGUUCGACCCCGCAAUAUUUACAUGCCUGAACACUGAGAAUUGUUACAAAAAACGCACCUGCAAACUUGUAGACUCAAAAAAAGAACCUGUUCUGCUAUUCCUUUGUUAUUUCAAGAAAGCGCUGGCUUUUGUGCACCCCGAGGACAGAUGUGUCGGCCUUAUCGACAAAAACCGUUUUGCCACAUGUGCACGUGUGGCGCUGAGCGACACGCUUAGGCGGUGACUCCUAGUUCAAACUCCCUCUCAUCCUGUCAAUAGUUGUCAUAAUGAACUCGACGCGUGAGAGGAGAGCUUGGAAAUUUUCCUUCCAGCUAGAGUUAAAAUUUUUCCCAACCUUCUCAUUUUGCUGCUUUUAUGAGGUAACCGCCUUUUCCUUCAAUGAAUACUGUUUUCUCAGUUAAAAACUAUUUGCUGAUAGUUAUUUUACAACAAAAGGAUUUUAUUUACAAAUUAGUGGUUGUUUUGUUUUUGUCAGGGAUAUGAAAUUUUAUUUGUUUUAUCAUUCAUACUUGAAAUUUUGCAAGUUACUCUUAUGUGUGUUAACCGCUUUAGUUUUUUGUAUAAAGUUAUACAUGACAUAACAUCUUAUGCAUGAACGCUUCUGAGUUCAAAAUUAUUCAAAAAAUCUUUAAAUUGCCACUCUUAUCGUUUUUUUACAACUGAUAUUUCUUAUUAAAAAUUGAAUGUUGAGUUUAUUUUGUUUCAAACUUCACAACACGUGUUUAACAACAAACAUACAGGUGUCCGACAAGUUGAGCGCUCUUUUUUCCCUAAAAUAAAACAGGUAUCGGCCCUUAUUCGGUAUCCCGCGGUAAAAGAGAUAUAAGAGACAUUGAUGGCGGAAAAUGUCAAGUUGCUAGCGUUCUUUAAGGGUAUCGUUGCUAGUAAUGAAAAUAGGUCGCUUUACAUCAGAAUGUCGUAGAACAUGGCGAAAACAUCACUGCAGAAAGUUACUCUUGGCGAGAUCUCAUUUAAAUGCCCCACGUUACUGAAAUUUUCCAUUGUACUGAAAAUUUAAAAUUUUAUUGUAACAUAUCUAGGAGACCUAAAGGUUCAACUCUGCGACGAUACAUAUACAUUGGGUAUAAGUUUGACAAUCAUCGCUAAUAAGAUAACUUCAGUGAACACGUGCAAGCUUAUUUAAAAUCUCAUCUUAACUGAAGAGUUUAUAUGUUUAACAAAACUCAUAUUCAAGUGUAAUGUAAACAAGGAAUGAAAUAAUUUAGCACAUGUGUGAGCUCCCAAGUCAUUUAUAUUGUUUUAAAAGAUCUUAGUAUUUUGGAACUGAGAAAUCAGAGAUAUGCAAUUCAUAUCAUCGUGACUGCAUCCUUGUAAUUAAACAAUGACCAUACCUACGAUUACAAAACUCAACAAAAUGCCCCUUUAACGUGCCAGAAAAGAGAAGGAGACUUUCAGUUAAAGGCAUGUUAGCUUUGUUUUGUUAUAUUUUGACUUCUGGACUAUUUUAGUUCAUGGGAGAUUCGACGACUCAUCCCAUUCUGUCCAUGUUAUUGACACACACUACGUCUGGGCCGCCUGUAGUAAAAGUUGUUUACAAAAGAAUUUAUACGGAGAACUGACAAAAUCAAUCAAUCAAAAUUGUUAUCAUCCGUAUUGUACAGAUGUAAAAGGUAGUGUUAAACUUUGUUUGAAUUAUUUAGAAGAAAUAAGGCAUCUGGGUCCCCUUGUCUGAAAAACGUCUUUAAAAAUGCUAAACGAGAAAUAAAUGCCAGUUCUUGUUACUGCUUCUAAAUUGUUAAAAUUGAUUUACCUGUUUUUAACAUUUACCACAUGUAAAAGACUCUAAUGAAUUAUAUGCUAGAGAAGAAAUUAACCACUUUGUUCAUAGUCGGCUUAAAACCAGUGACUGACCUAUACUGACUGACCUUAAUAUAGGGAGUUUAAGCGGCCGCGUUUUCGAGAGACGCUCGUCAACCGGAAGUUUACUUUUUGUACCCUUCGGCCGUGAUUUGCAACAAAUUCUUGGGCAAAUCGUCUCUAUAAGAGAAGAGUAAAGACACUAAGCAGUAGAAAUUUGGUAGCGUCGAGGCAUGUUAAAAGAGAAAAAAGCUCACAUCCGGUUGAACGUGCGUCGCUCAGAAACGUCGCGUCUUAAAGACCUUAAACUCCCUAAUGUGAAUGAAGAAAAUGGUACCCAUGGCUCUUCUCUACGGGAAAUGCCCGGGGGCGAGGUCAGACAGUGAGCCCCCGCCUAUUUUCGGUACCUCAUGCAAUGUUUACAGUUUUGAAAACCUAGGAAAUAAAUAAAAUACUAGAAAAACAAUUUGCAAUCAAAAUUGGCACUAAAAAUAGACGUUUCGAAGUCAUCCUGGCUUCAUUUUUUAGUAAAAAAGGCACAGUAAAUGGAAAUUGAAUUAUUUUUUCUAUUCAAAGCGUCAAAACGUACUAUGCAAUUCAUAAUUAGAUGGUUCACAGGUAAAUUAAAGUUGCAAAAUACAACUGUGGGGUUGGAAGGCAUUAAACAACAUGACUGACAAAAGGAAUCUCCACUUAACAGCGUCACCGAGGCGACAAAACGGAGUUAUUAAUUAUUUCCUUUUUUCUCCUUUCUUUCCAUCCUCAUACGCCCCAAGAUCAUAACGCUGAAAGUCUCAGCUUAAACUGCUUAUCAGCUCGCUGGUUGCCCUGGUUACGCUCAGUCCUGAUUUUAAGGUUAUGUACUCUAACUGCUAUGCAUGGCGCCGGCAGCACCAAUCAGACUUCUAUCAUGACGUGUCGUCCGUACUUUUUCCCGCGCUUGAGUGACGACGCUCUGAUGAUUCGUGAUAGCCAAUGGGAAGACGUCAUUUAAUUCUACAUUUAUUCAUUCGCGUUGUGAUUGGUCAAAAAUUUCCGGCCUUAUCCAAAGUAGAGACAAAACAAGACAGAGAUUUUGGUUUUUCUUUUUUAACACUCUAAUUACAUUUUUUAAAUUUUAUUCUGCUGUUUUUCAAGUCAUGUUACUUUCCAUUACCUGUUGGAGGAGAGACUACGUUGUAAACACUUGGUUAGUCUUGCUUCACUAAAACAAUAUGUUUGGAAGGGACCCAAAAAGGGAUAAUCAUGUCUAUUACAAUCAAUAAAAUCAGCAAAUUAAUGUAGAGCGUAACAGACAGAAACGUCCAGUGAAAACGAUCAAACACGAUACACGACAAAUCUGAGUUCUAAGAAUGGAUAAAACGCUUGCAAACUCGGUUAUUCAAUUAAGUUCAUCUCACAGCUUACAAAAACCUAGGCUGCAAAUCGAUUCCGCCACUGGACGAUACUUAGUUAUAAACCCUACUUGUGGUACUGAGAUUGAGUGAUAUCGUGAAAUAAAAGUCAUUACAUUCCUCAUAUAUUGAUUUCUCUUUUAAGCGUAAAGGCACUCAAUUCCAAAAAGUCUCAAGAGCACGACGUAAUGGGGCAACUGUCCGAAUUCCUCGUCGCUGCAGAAAUUUUUUCUCCUUAACAACAAUAACAACAAAGGAAUAUUACUAUAGUUACUGGCAAGAUUUUUUCCUGCGAUAUGGCUUGCAGUUAUGUUUGUUAUCAUUUUGAUUCUUGUACUCAGUCAGAAGCUCUUUUUAUGAAAAUCUUGCUUGAAGCAAAGUUACCAUCGGCUGAACUGGAGAACGAUAAGCUAUAUAUCAUUGUAGAAAAAUCAUUUAUUUCUUCAGUCAAGUACAUAAAAAAGGCUUCUACUUUCGACAUAAUUGUCUGUUUCAACAAAAUUACUUAACAAUAAAUAAGUAAACAAAUAAAUAAAGAUCGCGAUAUUCUCAUCAUUUUGUUGUUACUUCUUCUUUGGUUUGGAUAUUACAAAAUAUUCUCCCACAUUUAUCUCAGUUGUCAAACACCAGCUUUAUUUUUCACUGCUCUGUUUUCAUAUAUAAUGAAUGCAUGGAGUUCUUUUUAAUUAAGAACAACAAUUUCUCGUAAAUUACUUUCUAUAAAUAGGUUUUUUUUUACUUUACUUGCCAAAUAUUGUUUAUAUAAUUUGUCAAUUGGAAGACACGUAUGACACAAAUUUCUUUUUCAAAAUAUACCGAAAGACACACCCAAAAAGAAACAGGUACUUGUCAAAUCUUUCCCUCAGGCACCGUUGGUUUGCCUUUUAUCGGUUUUGAUUCGUGACCUAUCAAAAAAUUGUAGUUGAUUUUGUUAUAUUUGAAUCAGACGACUGCUGCUUAAUCUAAUUUUAUGUCACAUUCGACUUAUCUUAAAUAACUGCCGAGAUCCGUGCUGACGUAUUUCAUUCAGGGCUUCAGAUGUAAAUUGUUCCUAUUUCAAAUGAAAUGUAGCUACGUUUGUACAUACAUUGAAAUUUUCGUGAAAAGGAUUCUAAAGCUUGGACAACAUGUGUUAGACACAUUGUGAAAUUAAAAUUGCCUGCAUAUUGUACAACUGAUAGUUAAAUCAAGUAUCCCACGAACUCACCGGUUGCAAAGCCUUUAAAAUGCAAAACAAGCGUUUAAAGAGUUUGAUUUUUUUUUUCUUCGAAAUAACCGUAACAAAUAAUUAUAAUUAUAAUAUUGUCGGACUGUGUUAAAUUUAUUCAGUUACAGAUUGUGCCUUUUUAAAUUUAUAUAUGCGUAAACAAGAAAAAGAAGUGAAAAGUUGACCAAUUUGAUUUUGGCACCAAAUUGUCGCAGGGGAACCGACUAUAUAUCAACAAUAGAAAAUGGUACUAUUUGUUUGAGAGUCUUCUUUAUUCCGACAUUUCCAAAGUGAAUACACUUGAGAUCGGUCGCAUUUGGUUAUUGAAUCUCUGUUUGGCCCAAUCAAGGCAAGUUUGUCGUUUUCAUGUUUUUCAUAUGUAUUUUCAUAAUCAUCUCUAUCUCCUCCUACGCGUUUUCUGCUUUUUGACGCGCAUUUCCCUUUUUCGACAACACAGAAAAGUCACUUACAAAUAUACGAUUGAAACCCAAUUAGAAUUCAAGUUCAGGGACGCACUUUUCAAUAAAGACCGAGAAGGCUUACACAAGCUUACAGUGUACAAGGCCCCGUAAGGUGUUAACAUGGAGAUAUUACAGUUACGCACGCACCUAAAAGAAGAAUAUUAAUUCGGAGUUAUGGCGCCCCACAGCAUUGUUUCCUACACUUUGAUGGGUUUUCGUUUCAUUUAAGUUUUGCAUAAGAGGCAGGUGUUUCCAUUUAACACUGCCAAUCAUCUUUUUUCGUGAAUUACACGAGUUCUUCCAUAUUAUAAUAAGGAGCCAAAAUAAUUUUUUUUUUUUUAAAAAAAAUUUCUACUUUUUGAUAGUUUAUUUUUUCGUCCUUGGAUGCGGUUAAAAAUGAGAUUACUUGUAAGAAAAAAAAAAUGAAAAGAAAAAGAGGUAUUUUGCAAUUAGCCCAGCCCUUUGUUAAUUAUUUGACCUCGGUACGCGGUGGGUCUGCCGAAAUCCCCGUUCUCCAUUUAAGGAAAGCUAUACAGGUGUGGCUAGAGCAAACGCUAAAAUGAAAAUUUUUGUUUUCCAUAACAAAUUCUCUGAGUUUUAGCGAUAAUGCAUGCGUUAGCACCAGAGAUCUCGCGUGGCUUUCGCAUCCGGGUUGCACUUUGCGCGAAAACCAAAUUAUAAAGCGAAGUUCGAUAAGGCCUCGAGCAACAGCAAAAUUUCUUCAGUUGUACUAAGUCCUUUAGAUAUAUUAAUUUGCCCAUCAGAAGCGUUCGAUCGAUGCCAGAAAAGCAGAUGUAAAUAUUAAAUUCACGGGCUUCGUAUCUGUCAAAUGCCGAGCUCUCGUUAAUUAAUGAUGACAUGCACUUUGUUGACAGCUGUUUCAGCUGUCUUUAAGCCCCGGAUGAGCAGGUGUACCACUCACUAAAACUUCUUGGUUCGCGUUACGCCUUUACGUGCUGCAGAACUUUGCUUGCUAACAGACGAGACACAAUCUUUCAUCCUCCAUACAAGGUCUUUUCACGCGUUUUUUUAUUCAUCAAAGCGUCAAUGAAACUCGUCGGAAGAAUGCACCACCACAAAUACAACGGUAUGGACUUUGCUUGUAUGGAAUGCAUUUUACACAGCUAUUUUUUCUUUCCUCGUCCAUAUUUUUUGCGGCCGAUUUUUUUUAGAUAUAGACCGUUUAUAUAUUUUUUAUAAAAUUUCUUUUUUUCUGGUGCGAGUUACAGAAUUAAGAGGAAUUUCUUGGUGACAUCUUAAUUUUUUUUUUUUAAGUUCUUUACCCCGUGUGAAUUUCACCCUCUUAAUCAAAGUGAAAAUUAUUUCAAAUCUUGGAGAAAGAUCCAGCGUGUUAUUGAUAUUUUUUCCUAUUGCUGCGAAAGCAAUUACUGGCAUACAGUUGGCCUAGUCAGAGCGCGCUUACCGCCUCAGCACCACUUAGAAAUCCCUGUGUAAAUAAAACAUAAGUUGUCAGUGGAACGCUCAACAUAAGAAAACAGCUCGCUUUCCCUAAUGUCCUUUAGUGAGUGGCUCGAGCAGAUGUACGUAAGAUACAAUAACUACACCAACAAUCGAAUAAUUAGCACGUGCAGAUUUAAACCAAUUGCAUUCGAGAACGCGCGCAUUUCAGGGUUUUACCGGUCAUCGUUUUCAUGUCCUGUUCGACACUUCAUAGAUUUGACAAAAACAAUUUAAACAAUCAGUUUUUUUGCUGAUUUUUUCUUUUACAUAUCAUUUGUGCUGGAGCGUUUCGCGUGCCCAAGUCGUAGGAUCGAACUUUUUGUUCAAUUUGAUAUCGUAUUACGCGGAAAUGUGUGUUGAGUUUGGCCGAAGAAUAAUAAUUUCUUACGGGGGCACGUGUGCAAGAAAGCUAUUUUAAUGAAACUGAGCUUAAUUAUUUAUCAUAUUAGAAACAGAAAGCUUAUCAUAUGGUUUCCUUAGUUCUGUAAAAGUCGAGGGGAUAACACGGAAAUUAUUCCGGUUUUUUUAAUGAAUAGAAAGUCGAUAAUCCUUGUUAUUAUUUUUAUCCUUCAAUAUUUUGUUUAUCCCCAUACAUUCGACAUCAAAACCGUCUCUAAACGACAAACUAAUUCAUCCCAGAAUCUGUAUUGGAACCCAGUCUCCUAGUCUCGCGGUUUUCUUAGCAACGAAUGCUGCCUCCGAUAUUUAGAACUCAAACAAUGGUGAAAGAGACUGUGAUUCCACCUGCGCUGAUACGAAUCGCUAAGUUCCCGUAUGUACAGCUGUUCAUAGACGUCCUUCGCCACCUGAAAGCUCGAUAAGGAGUGUUAUCUGUUGGUCAAUAUUGCAUAUUGUGUAGGAAAGCGGCUGGCAAAAUCUCGGUGAACUCGGCUACAAGCUUUGGCAAUUUUCUUCUUUACUGGGCAUAAAAUUCACUUUUCCGUCGUUCAUUCCCCCUAUUUCUACAAGCGAACGAAAAUGCAGGAUACUAAUAAAUGAACCCUUUUUCCGAACGGAAUCGAAAACCAAUUUGUUUUUUCGCUUUUCAAACAAAAAAUGAAAAUUGAAAUUACUUUUGUGUUCGGUGACAGCUUGUUAAAUAUUAAGCAAGAUACUGCGAUAUAUUCUGCGAAUAAGAUUUUGUUUUGUUCACGGAAAAAGGCUAGCUUUUAUUUCUGGGGGAGUGAAAAAAAAACUCAUCAUUUUUCACUUCUUUUUUUUUUAGUUUCAAAAGAUUUUAGAGCACGUGCUAAAGAAACGAUAAACAAUACAUAAAAAAAUAUAAUCCAGCGAUAUUCUACGUCAGGUCAUAAAAUAUUCAUAAUACCGGACGGUUCACGUGACUAAAUUAGUGACGUCACUAAUUAAUUGCCUACUGGUGGCUUUACGAGAUGGGAGUCAAAAGCAAGUCGCAAGGGCUUUCUGUUGUAGCAAAGAGUUGGUUAUGCCGGCAGUAACUUCAGGUAUUUAUUGAUGCAUUGCUCUUAUUUUUAAAUAGCGAACUGCAAGAUUCGAUGGUGUCCUUCAAGAAAUCAUUUCGUGCCGACAAUUAAGAGUUAACGAAGCGCCAUAGCUUAGGUCACCUUGGGUUUAUAACCGUACGAAUGUGUUUCUUUACAUGGCGUCCAAACCGCUUCGUUGUCUAUUGUUUUGUUUCACGAAGGAUUACCAGAUGAUUUUUGCAAUAGGUUUGGGUUUCGUUUGAAAGACUUAUGUAUUGUUUUGAAAGGAAGAUCUCGCAACGUCGGCGGUAAUAAAUGUGGACUGGGCAUCUUCCAGGAUACGAAUCAAAUUUCUUCGUCUGCUGAGCGGCAAAGGCCAUGAGCUUUAAUUUAUUUAUGUUUUGAGCGAGAAGAACGGCACAACUUUACUACAUUUUUGUUACAAGGACACAAAAUGCUACUUUCUAAAGUUACUUAUGCCGACAGCCUGGUCUUGGUCACUUAGAAUGUCCUUUGCAUUGCUUUUAAAUUUGAUAGUCGUAAAGAAAAUUAAGCUUAAGCUUAUGUCCAUGUUCGGAAAGUUACGAACAUGUCAGAUUUUAGAAAAUUCCUAUUAUCAUCGAGUUGGUUAGAUAUUUGAUGAGUCUUUCCUAAUAUUAUUUACAUCUUGACUUCUGAGUUUUUUCUAUAGCAUUUCCAGCCUCUCGAGACGAGUUUGAAAAUCGCCCCAACGAGAAAAUCAAGAGAUUUUCGCCUGUGAUCACAACAUGUGUUUUUAAGGCCAUCUUUCUUUCAACAUAAUUAAGGUAGUAAAACAUAAACUUAAUUAUAAGAUGCCUGACGCUCUCAAUGAAUCUUUUACAAUUUUUCUAAGAUUAUUAAAAACCCAUCGACUCACAUGAAACAGUUGUGAGUUUUUCAAAGUUAACCAUGGAGACUUUCAUUGUUGAUUGCUAUUUGAUUCUCUUUCAUAUUUAUGUGGUUAUGUUCAGGUAAUCUUGGUGAAUUUCGCGAGCUACACAAUCCAUUUUUCCCAUGAUAUAUAAAACCUAUAAAAACUGUUCCCUAACAGUUAACCUUUAAGAGGAACAAAAACUAUGACAACUUUGAAUACAUGUAUGUUCUUAUCUAGACAUUUUUAGAACAUACAAAUACAGUAUGUAUUUAAAAAAUGCAAACGUUCAGAAAAAGAACUCGCCUUUGUGGAGUGUUGGGAACUGUGCAUUGGAUAGUAAAUCUUAAAAUGGCUAAUGUUUGGAACAAAAAUAUCAGUUUUUUUCUGGAAGUAUAAAAUACCUUGUAACCUCACUACUGUGCCAAUAUAUUCAUAUCUUUUGAAUUUUUAUUAAAAAAGUUCAGCCAAGCGCAUAUAUAUGUACGGUGUGGGAUGUCGCAAUGUUCUAUUUUAGUGGUUAUAGUUAAGGAACAAAAAUAUUAAGAAAUUUUUUUUUGGUUAUUUUAUUAAUUUCAAGUGGAAAUACUCUGCAAUCAAAUAGCCCUCUGACGGGGGUUAUUUUUAAAACAAUAUAUUACUUUACCGUGAUUGACUGUAUGGCAGCAUUCUGUUGUUGAAGGGUUGAAUUAUAUCUUUUUGUUGUCAUUCAUGCCUGAACAAUAUCAUAGCUGCCCUUUGAUCCAAAUAUAUUGCAUAAUAUGUAUUGUUUGAUUAACUCAUAGCAUGCUUCAUCUCAUUAAUGGGGCUGUUUUCUUUAGACACUUUACAGUAUAUUAGAAAUUCUAAGCUAAAAGUUUGGACAUUUCCAUUAUUUGGAUGACAUCAAUUUGCUUAAUGCAAAGUCAAACUUUAUAAUUUUGAGAUGUUUAUUGAGUGGUUUAUAUCACUAAUAGUAAUUUCAUUGGACAUAUUUAUCUCUCAUUUAUCUUCUUUAUGACAUUUGCAUUAAUAGCUGCUACUUUAAGAAUAACAUCAUACAUGUACAAUAUGUACAUGUUGGAACAAACAUCACUUGUUUAUGGAAAAUAAAUUUCAUCUACAUGAGAGUAAACAAAAUUAAGUAUCAUGAUCAAAAUGUACAAACUUGACGAAUUAUCACAUACACAUAGUUUGUGAAGGCUGUUCUUAAGUAUGAUUAAUUUUUCCACAUCAAGAAAUAAUGACAGGUAUAUAAAGUAUCUUAAUUACACAAUUUUACCUGGACCAAUACCAAGAAAUACGAUAAAAGAAAAACAUGAUGCAGUGUUGUUACUUUUUAAGAAAAAUAUAGAUCAUCUAUGCAUACAUGUAGUUUAGUAAAAAAUGUGUCAACAUUUUAUUUGGUUAGUAGUUAUAAUUUAUUUAUUAUACGUACAGAAUUUGAAUCUCUGAUAGCCACACUAGCAAAAAUAGCAAAUAAAAACAGAGCAAAGAAACAACAGUGCGUUUUUAGGGUCACCAUGAAGCUUCACUGACAAGACUGAAAAAGUAACCCCUAAAUUCAUCUGCUAAGGUCCCUACAUUAUAGAGAUAAUUUCAAGAAAAAGAACGCAAAUGCUUUUUUACAUUGAGCAGUCCUGUGCAAGCUUGCUCCUGUGACUGAUUUCAUAAAGGCGUGUUUUAAUAGGCCUUUUGCAUUAGUUGAUCACGUGAUCAACUUCCGGUAAACGUGAAGACAGUUCACUUUUGAAAAAUUUGUGAGUAUGAGCUGAAAGAGCGUAUUAAAAUUAGGUAACCAGUUAAUUUUCAGCGGUAUAUCUCAAAAGUAGUGAUUGCAACGGCUGCCGAAAAUUAGAAGGACUUGUAUGAGAAAAACAACUCUUGCCCCCCAGUCACACUUGAGUGGUUUUCCAGACAAGUCCUUGUAAAUUCUGAAAUUUUUAAACUGUCGUUAAAUCUUUCCUUUAUGCAUUUACAUGUGUAAGGGCUCAAAGUGCCUGUUAUGAAUUAAAAGGAGAUUUGAGCCCUGUAAUUUUGGAAUUCACAAGAAUUUGUAUGGAAAGCCCUUCAAGCGUGACUGGGUGACGAAAGUCUUUUUUCUUAUACAAAUCCUUCUAUUUUUGGGUGGCCGUUGGAUUUGCUACUUUUGAGAUAUAUGACUGACAAUUUACAGAUUGUAACAUGCUCCUUCAGCUGGUGCUAACACUGAAAAUAUUUCAAAAGCGAACUGUUUCCGUGUUUACCAAAAGUUGAUCACAUGAUCAACUGAUGCAAAAGGCCUAUUAAUAAGGAGACAAAAUCUAAAGGGCCAGCCAUUUAAGGCCCAGUUCAUAUGUCAUGCUUCUGUUGUGCCAGUCUGGGUAUCAUUACUGAUGUUCAAACAAAGAAAAACUAAAUUUCAUGUUUGUAAAAUCUGCAGAUUUAAGAGAGGCAAGCAUGCCAGAUUCACCGACAGAUCCAGCCUCCCACCCACCACAGGGACCCCCAGUAUCAUCUCCAAAUGCAAACCCUGCCUCUGUGCCAGUUGUAGCUGACGUUAGGACAUUAUCAAACAAUUCUACUUCACCAGCCGUCAAUGGUGUUCACUCAAGUUCCACAGGACCUGUGUCUCCAAGUAGUAUAGGAAACAGUGUGACCCAGCUCCCCCCUGCCUGUGGCGCACGGCAGCUGAGCAAGUUAAAAAGGUUUCUCACAACAUUACAGCAGUUUGGCUCAGACAUUUCGCCAGAGAUUGGUGAAAGAGUGAGAGGACUUGUGAUGAACCUUGUGGUGAGUAUGAAACAGUGGAACACAUCCUGGUUUAGUGUUGACAUACAUUUUCUACUGUGUUUUUUUAGUAUGAUCAGGAAAAUACUUGUAGAUAGUUAACUUAAUGGUAAUCAAGCCUGUACUCUAAGAAGAAUUGAAGGGAGUCCAGUGCUCUUAACUUGUGAAAUCCAGGGUGCCCAGCAUAUAAGCUCUAUGAAAAAAUUUAAGGUUUUCUAGUUGCCUGGAGCCAAAAGUGAGGUGCCACAGGCCACCAGACACUUCCAGAGCACUACCUUGGGUUAGGAAGAUACUUUCCGAUAGCAAAUUUUAUGCAGUGUGGUGAAAAAGUUGUCAGACACAGGAAUAAUAGAGACCAUGCAGUCUAAGAAAAAAGAGGUUGGAGAGGAAGAGGGAGGGUCUGGGAGUAAGGUAGGCCUUUCUACUUACCAGUGUGGCUGUGGUUAAAUCCCAGAUAUGAUGCCAUUGUGUGGGCUGAGUGUGUUGUUAGUUCUGUUCUCUUCUCCAAGAGGUGUUUCUUUGCCUACUCUGUCUUCAGAAACUAAAGCCCUACUCACAUCAAAGCUUAAACAAUGUUUUAAAGCUGUUUAGUUAAACAUGGUGUAAAUUUGUUUUCUUUAUAAAAACUACCUACUAUACUUUUUUUUGCUUGCAAAUUCAGUGCAAUUACCUAACUUGUUAAAGUUCAUUUGAAUUCAGAGUAAAAACUUGUGUUGUAGUUUUCUGUUACUGUUUUGUUAUUUUUUAAAACCUAGUUCAAUUAAUUAAUCAUGUUUUGUUGGUGUGAAUGGGGCAUAUCAUUUGAAAUUCUAGUUUGGUGACGAGUGCAUGCUGUAUAACCUUUCUAUGAAUUCUAAAGAGCUCUUACGUACUUCAUGGUGAAUCAAAGUUGAUUUAUACCACUAUUUUGAUCUGGAAUCCUUGACAUACUGAUCAUUUCAUUUUCUUGACUCUUUAGUUUAUGUCACCAGGUUUUACUAACUAGUUCCUUCUGCGAUUAUCAUGUACAGAACUCAACAAUAUCUAUUGAAGAAUUCCAUGCCCAGCUUCAAGAGGCAACCAAUUUUCCACUUAGACCGUUUGUAAUACCAUUUCUGAAGGUAAGUUUUUUAAUAUUCAGUGCACCCUUUUCUUGAAAACUGAUUUCAAUUUAAGUACAGGCUCAAGGUAGUUGGAUGUUGGAAAAUUUCUUUUUUUUUCAAUUUUAUAGACUAAGACUUAUGGCGUUUAAUUUCCAUCUGUCAGAACUGACGGGCCAGACUAUUGCUGUCAUAAUGAGAUUUUCACCUUUAAUCAAAACUAUCCAGCCACAUUAGUCAAAUCCUAAAUAGUAUGCACAAAGGAGAUGACUUUUUAGUAGCAAAAACUCUUGGAAAAAGCUUAUUUCAUUGUGAAAAUGUCUGGUCCAGCCAUGGUCUGGCAGGCCAGUUCUGACUUCUGGAAAGCACCCUAAGUCAAGGUCCAUAAAAAUGAAAAAAAAUAGAACAAGGUUAAAAUCCAGCCAUCUAAACUGAACAAUCAUGUUUAAAAAAGAAUUUAUUAUGUUGCCUGAAGGAAAUGUAUUCUUGUGGGAAGAAAGUGGGAAAUCUCACUCACAAAAUCAACCCAAUAAAUGUUAUGGAGUGCAGGUGACAAUGAUUAAAGGUCAAAACACUUUUGCUCAAAUUUUGCUCAAACACUGUGCUUUGCAUAAGUUUCACUUGAUAGGUAUAAUAUAAGUCUAAUAUAAGUCUGAACCACGUGAUCACAGAUUGCCUUGGAUGCAUUCCAUUCAUUCUUAGUGGAAAUCCAAACAAAGCUGGCUACAUAAUUAUGUGUGGAGUAUGUGUAAUAGCAACCUGAAGAUUAGGAUUGUGGGCUCCUUUUGUCACCUGCAGUAAAUUAUUGCUCUAGAUUAACAGCCCGCCAAGAUGUGCCAGCAGCCAGUAAUUUGGCAACUAUGCUCAACUGGGGUGUCUAUUCUUUAGAGAGCAGUGAAAAUUUGUUGUUUACAUGCAGUUGACAUGUAGGAAAAUAGUAACUUGAGUUUUAAAUGUUGCUUGGUACUUUUUAGGCAAACUUACCACUCUUACAAAGAGAACUGCUACAGUGUGCACAAAUGGCAAAACAGACUCCUCCGCAAUACCUACGACAACAUGAAGAUAUUUUAAGUGAACGAGAUUCUGCGCCCUUGGAUCCAGAAGAAAUGAAUCCUUUGGAGAUAAACGAAAAUGGAAAACGAAAAGCUUCUGAUGGAAUGAGGUGUGCAAUUUUAUUUUAUUAGUCUUAUAUUUUAUUUUGUUUGUACCAGGUGCUCACUAAACUCUUGACUAUGAGUAAUGUCAGUCUGCUCCUAAAAUGCUCAUGCAUGGCAGGCUUCCAGUACGUAUGAUGCCAGCCAUGUUCAUAAUGGUUGGAUGCAUAUGAUUUUGCUUUUGUGUCCACACUGCAUGUUUUGAGAAAUCCAGUUGUAAAAUGCUCUUGUUUGUUUCCUUUCAGACCUAAAGAAAAUGGAGCUCCCCCUGAUCUAGCCAUGGUGAGUGAUUGUUUCCUAAUUUUGAAGUGCAACCCAGUUAAAAUCUAGUCAUUUUUUGAAGACCUAUUGUGACAAACUCUCAAUACAGUUUCAUUAAAGAAAGACAUUUUGAUAAUAGAUCAAAGCAUUUUCUCAUAAACUUUCUGCCUCUUGAUUAUGUAUUGUUAUUGUUAAGAGAAAAUUGAUUUUGGUCUCCCUUGGGACUUAAAGUGUUUUUAUUAUCUUGUGUAUGAAGGUAAAGGGUAAAGGCGCACAAUAGCCAAAGGCCCAAACAGCUGAAGCUUAUCUUGGUUUCCUUAGUGUGAAGCAUACUGAUUAGUAUUGCUACUCCCCCCUGGACGGGAUGCUAGUCCAUCACAGGGUUACUCCCCAGCAGUAUGUCCCCAGUAGCCAUUUAUACACCUGGGUGAAGAGAGACAAAGUGGAGUGAAGUUCCUUGUCUAAGGGAACAAUGUGAUGGGUGAGGUGUGGCUUGAACCCCGGACCUCCAGGUCCAGUGUUUGAGGUAUUAACUGUUAGGCCACACACGCCUCCACAUGAAGCAAAGUGUGAAUUUGAGAGUCACUGAGAUUGUUUCUUUGUGCUCUGGUUCACACUAUUUUCUUGAUAAUUUCCCAGCCUUCAUUGUGUUGUUUUUGUAAUUUUGAGUCUAUGUGUUUUACUUUUGCAGCAAAUGAUGGCCGAACUAGGAAAACCUAUACCCAAGAGACCCCAUUUAAGUAAGUUAAAGCUCAAGUGGCUUGGUUUUUGUUGUUGUUGUUGAGAGGGGUGGCUUGCUGAGACAUGAAUAUUUUAUCAUACUGUACUUGUGAAAUGCAACAAACAGCAGAGGUCUGUAUCAAAAGUUAAUUCCGGUGAAUAAUAAAUUAUCAACUCAGUUGAUUUGUAUUGAGGUUUACAGAGGUGGACUUGUGACAAAGUUUGGUCACAACUCAAAUGAAUAAAAAUGAAUAAUGUAAAAGUCAUUAAUAUUAUUUUUGAUGACUUUCACAAUAUUACUACUAUAGAAAACAUCUCUUGCAUGUAGUUUUUGUGACAACCAGGUGCUUUUAAUAUAGCUUCAACGAAAUCAGUUAUUGCCAAGCUGUUCUGUCUUGUGAAACCUCUGUGACAGUACAUGUAGUAAGCGUGUGAAGUUUUCUUUUGUUGCAGGUAGUAACAGUGGCCUAAACAAACCAAGUCAAUUAAGAAUGGAAGACAUUACAAUGCCACAAGGUAAUGUUACAAAGAUCUUGUGUUGAUGAGCUGUACAUUGUACUCAAAAUGUCAAAAUGGCUGAAUAUUGGCCCACGUGUCACUGACCACAUCACUGUUUCUUACUUCACAGCAGGUAGUUCACGUGAUGCAGAAUCUUCAAUGCCGGAUGUUCUGCUAGAUAACAAGCAUGAAAUCGCUGAUGACUGGCGGCAUGUAGACACAGUAAGUUUUUUCAAUCAAAAUAAUCUUAAAAAAAUACACAAGGGUAGCUCUCAAAUGUGUGGAAUGUACUUUUUUCAUCAUCUGUCUUGGCUGUAGCUGACAGGUUUUCCUAUUCAUCAGUUUCUAGUACAGAUGCAUGAACAUCUCCUACAUACACCUUUAACAGGUGUCUUUAUUUUUUGUACUGUUUUUAUUUUUUUUUGAAGUGACAUUUACCAUGUUAAUAACUACAAAAGGCAGGCUUUGUACUUAUAAAUCGUAAAGAGCCAGCGUGCAAAGAAAGUAGUGUCCGAUAACCCGGAGCUGGUGGAUGUUGCUAUCGGGCUAGUGAAUUCUGUUUUUAACUUGCCCUACGGGCAAGUGAAGUAUUUUGAGGAAUUCAACGUACAGAAGAACUGUGAAAUCAAUUCUGCUCAUCAAAACAUUUUGGGGCUAGUUGAAAUGACGUUUGGGUAAAUGCUAGCUUCAGCUUACCCGAAUGGUAAGCUGUAAAAAUGACUUUCUUGGCACCCUGUAAAGAGCGGUACUUUAAUCGCAAAGGAUGUCACUUACAAUUAAUAUAAAAAAUGGUGACACCAGUUCUUUAAAAGUAAUAGUUCUGUAGUAUGAUUGAAAUGCAUUAACAUCCAUCUGUUACUCUGUUUUCUGCUUUUAAACUUAUCCUACAAUUUUUGAAGUUUCCAAAGCCAUUACUCUUGGAAGGUUCCUCAGAGGCUCCUACAUUUGAUGACUUCUAUUAAUUUUCUGAUGUCAUUUCAGAUGCUUCAAUGUAUUAUUGGUAUGGUUGACAAGACCAAACGGGCUGUAUCAGUUCUUCAAACACGUUGUAAUCAGGACCGAGAAGAGCUCUUGGCCUGGGCACGAAAAACAGCUGAGGAAACAGAAGCAGAAGUGAAAAGAAGGGCAGGUUUGUUACUGAUCUAUGUAUAAAUAGUAGUAAAUAUCUCUGCUCUUGGUUACUUUUAAUUUAUCAUGUUAAGAGGACACAUACUGUUGUCCUCUUAUCAGUGACAAUAGUAUAAAAGAGACCUUUAGAUUUGAGAACGAAGAGGACUAUGACACCCCAAAAAGCUUCAUUUUACGUUUUUCACAAGCAAAUUUAACACAUUAUUUUUAAGGAGGUUAAAAAAGGUUAAGCCCUCUCGUGAUCGCAAAAUGAUAAAACUUGUAACAUGUGCUAACUUGUUUCCAUCACUCUGACAUUUUCGCGAAAACUUGUAGUAGAUUGACUAAGGCUAUUGCAUUUUUCCGCAAAAAUGACGCUGGUUCAUGCGGGCGGUACUUAGUAUUGAGAAAAUUUGUUUUCAUAGUCAUCCUUGCUUUAGAACCUUAAGGUCUCUUUACAUUACAUAACACAGUUUGGUGAUGAUCUCCCUGCCCUUUAAUUUGAUCAAAGUGGAGAGAUUAUUCUAACUUGUCCAUUGUUUAUUUUCUCCUCAUGUAGGUGAAUUGAUGGCAAAAACAUUACAACAAACAGAGGAGCGUGUAGCAGAAGUAAAACGGCGUGCAGAAGAAGCAGUGAGUGAUGUCAAAAGACAGGCAGUAGUGGAACUGCAGAAAGCUGUCCGUGCUGCUGAGGAGAAAGCCAAUGAAGCUGUGGCCAGUGCUCAUGGCAAGAUGGAGAAAGCUGUGUUGGAAGCCCGUAGACAGGCCACUGAGGACACUCUAGCAAUGUCCAAUCACCAGAGUGACUCUAGUGAGGUAGGAGCAACAUUCUGGGCAUUUUUAUUGUUUUCUUAGUUCUACAUUGAUCAGUGAUUUCCAAUAUACCCAUCUACCCUCGGAUCAACCUGAAAAAUUUAUACCCCAGGCAGGGUGGGUAUAGGAAAGCUGUGAAAUUUUUGUCAGGUAUCGAGGAAAAAGUGCUAGUGACCUUACAAUCUUAAAGGGUAUUCCUCAAAAAUUUCUGUUAUCCAGUUUAAAGUAUUAUUAUUAUUAUUAUUACUGUUAAUUAUUGUUGUUAUUAUUUUUCGUGGAAAUAAGGGUAAACAUGCAGAGUUUUAAAAGGCGUAGUCAAUCUGGCAUUACUUAAACAGAAAUUAAUUAAUGUUGAUGCUUAUGGGGAUAUGCAUUGUUCUUCCCGUAGAGUUGUUGGAAUUGUGGCCGAAAGGCCACCGAAACGUGUAGUGGCUGCAACUUGGCGCGGUACUGUGGUCCAUUCUGUCAACACAAAGACUGGGAAAAUCACCAUCAUGUUUGCGGACAGCAGGCACAGGGUGCUAACGAGGACACUGCACAGGGAGGGGGUUCUCAGAACACCAACUCACCUAAGGAAUCAGCUGGGAGCAGCAGUAGUCCUGCCGUGACCAGAAUGACCACGCCCACUUCUUCAGCAGACCCAAUAUCAUCUCUUAGUGAUUAUGUCAUGAAAACUCCCUCCACGUAGAACAGACGCAUAUCCUAUCUAGUAAUGAAUUUGUGCCAGGUCUGACAUAGAAAUCAUGCCCAGCAGGACAGUGUUUAAUUUCUGUAAAGAGAAUCUUGACAUGCUUGAUGGUACAUGUACAAGGGACAUGAAGGAAUUUUGCGUUCUUUGCAUCUUAUCCUGUCUUUGUUAGUUUUGCAACGAGGAGAUUUAUGUUGAACAAGUUUGAAGCUGGUGGAAGCAGACAUCGAUUUUCUCCUAACGACAUCAAUACUUAAUCGAAAGGAAAGGUUAUGAGAAUUCAUGAAAUGAUCAGGGAAAAUUCUUUGACCUUUUAACAAAUUCUCUCAACUAUGUUUAAGGGAAAUGUAAGGAGAUAAGUCUGGAGAAUUUGUUUGUUGAUAUUGGGGUUGAAAGGGACAAACCAGUUUACCGUUUAACCUGACAACUAGAUUCCAACAUUCCUCAGUUCUUUUUAAAACUUGAACGUUUUGUAGGUUGAUAGCUGCAAUAAUGUUUUGGAUUUUAAACAUCUCUAGCUUGAACUCUAGUUUGCCUUGCUAAUGGUCAGCUCUGUUAUGUCUUUGUAUCAAUGCUAAUGUUUUGGAUUGGCUAUGGUUAUGAACAGCAACAUGGAAAGUUUUGAAUAAGUUUAUUGUUUUUAAAGCCAGGAUUACUAGACUUGAUAGAGUGGAUUCUCUUUACUGUCAUCUAUUACUC